AAAAGUGUCAUCUUACCCAAACUUGUCAUCUGACUGGAGUCAAUCCCAUAUAUAUAUAUAUAUAUAUAUAUAUAUAUAUAUAUAUAUAUAUAUAUAUAUAUAUAUAUAUAUAUAUAUGACAUUUGUAGAUACUCUUGAUGGAAAAAUGGUGAUAGAGAGAGAAAGUAUUCCGGCGAAGUUCCCGGCACACUUUCCUGCAACCACGACGUCAAGCUCAGGCAACCCUGCACGUUCUAAACUCUUCUCCGAGCUGUUCAAAUCCGUGGACACCAAUGAUAAGCCUUCAGAUAAAUCCAGCUUCAAAGGCUGUCCUUCGGUUUCCUUCUCUAAAGAAGAAGUUGAGGCCCUCUCCAACCGUUUCAGGUUUGGUCUGAUUGGCAGAUUCCGGCGAAGACCUCCCAUUGCAGUGGUGAAAAACUUCUUGAUCAGGUUAGGCUUGAUUGGAGGUUUUACGGUUGGUGAGCUCAACUCCAACUCAAUUCUCAUCAACUUUGAGCAAGAUGAAGAUUAUCAACGUUUCUUCCUACGCAAAUCUUGGACUCUUGGAAAGGAUAUCAUGGUAGUAACCAAAUGGUCUCCCAACCUUCGUCCUGAUGAAGAUUCUCCAAUUGUGCCGGUCUGGGUGACUAUCCCGAAUCUCCCCAUUCACCUUCAUGACCAAAAAGCUUUAUUCUGCAUCACCUCCAAAUUGGGUAAACCUCUCAAGGUUGACAGCGCCACACUCAACUUCUCUCGUCCUAAAGCUGCUAGAGUGUGCAUUGAGAUUGACGUGUCCAAGAACCUUCAUCAGAAGAUCCACGUCAAGCAUAUCGAUGAUGACCUCUUUUUCCAGGUACUGUACGAGGAUCCUCAUUCCUUUUGUGACUCUUGCCAUAGGCUUGGUCACAACGCCACCAUCUGCAAGGGAGCUUACCAGCCGGAAAUCCCAGUGGGAAACCAAACGCCGGCAGGAACCGUGCAACCACGUAAAGACAAGGGCAAGCUUAUUGAAAAUGAAUGGAUCAAUGUGCAAAGGAAGAGACGACAGCAUAAAUCCCACGGUGAAUGGGUCCCUAAACCCACUUUCACUCAGGAUCCCUUACCAGGUAAGGACCAGGCAGUUUUGAGCCAAGAAGAUACGGCCAAAGCAGAAACUCAAGCAGCCUUAUGCCAAGAGGAAUCAUCCAAAACUGGAGCCCGGCGUAGGCCCCAGGUUCAAUUUAUUGAGUCACAUGAGGUAAUUUAUUUGGAUAAUAAUGGUCUUGCUUACUCCAGCUCAGAACCCAUUUCUAUUCAUGGUGGGACUACUAUCAUUGAAAACCUCAUGCAUGCAACUGAACAACGUGUGGAGCCCAUUUUACAACAUGCCUCCUCAGAUAUCUCCCCUGGACUACAGAUUGAUAUUCCGGUGAAGAGAACCUCUUCUUCAGCACCUUCUUCACCAGUGGGAGCCUCUUCUCAACUUUUUUCAAGAAUCAGGACACGUAAAACCCUAGCUUUUAAGCUGGGUUUUAAUGGGUUCCUUAGUGUUGCUAAUAACAAAAUUUGGUUCCUUUGGGACACUAGUAGGUUUUCUUUGAUUGAUGUCAUUGACACUGGGCAGAUUUCUCACUUCUCCCUGAGGGAUAUCCACAAGAGUUUUACUUUCACCAUUAGUGGUAUUUACGGGGGUCACACCACUAAGGACAGGAAACUUCUUUGGAGUUAUAUUGAAUCAUUCAAUGCCAAUGUCAAUCACCCUUGGUGCCUUGGGGGCGAUUUCAACACCAUUUCAGACUUUCUUCAUCACAAGGGUUCUAGGUUGCCUGAGCUAGAGGCUAUUACUGAUUUUAGUGACUGCAUCAGGGACAACAACCUCCUUGAAUGUAAUUACACUGGAUCAGCUUAUACUUGGCAUGGGGUCAGAAGCAAUGGUAAUGUAUGGCGGCGUCUUGAUAGAGUUUUCUACAAUACCUACUGGGCUGAUCACUGGAACAUAAUCUCGAUGCAGCACCUUGCUAAGGGUGGAAGUGAUCACUGUCCUAUUUUAUUUCUCUCCAAACCUGAUGCUAGAAACACCACCAAAUCCUUCAGAUUCCAAAAUAGGUGGUUAUUAAGAGAUGAUUUUAGGCAGAUCUGCAAGGAUAGUUGGGAGGAAAUUCCUUUUCAUGGGGGAAUGCAUAGUCUCUUCAAAAGACUUCAUCAUCUCAAAGAGAAACUUUCUUCCUGGAAUAAAACUCAUUUUGGCAACAUUUUUGACAUGAUUAAGGAGGCAGAAACUGAUGCCACUAAAGCUGAGCAGUUGUUUGAGGCUGACCCUUCAACCGAUAACAAAAUCCUUUAUAAUCAAAAAUUGGCAGAACUUCAGGAAGCUCAUAGGAGAGAAUAUGCCUUUUGGAAGCAAAAAUGUAACCUUAAAUGGUUGAAAGAUGGGGAUGCCAACACAAAAUUCUUUCACAGCCUGGUGAAAGAAAGGAGGAGAAAACAGCAGAUUACAAGUCUCUUCAAUGAUCAAGGACAAUUAAUUGAUAAUCCAGAUGACCUGGAAGCCCUUGCAGUUACCCAUUUCACUACUCUGUUAAAUUCUUCAGAACCUUGCAGCUCUAGUGAAGUUUAUUCACAGUUUCUUAGCACCAUCCCUCAUCUUAUAGAUCACACUCAGAAUGAAUGUCUUAUGUCUCUGCCCACUGAAGAGGAAAUCAAAGUUACUGUCUGGGACAUGGAUCCUAAUUCCUCUUCUGGUCCAGAUGGUUUCAACAUCAACUUUUUCAAGCAAUGCUGGGAUAUUAUCAAAGACGAUUUAACUUCUGCUUGCCAAGAGGUCUUCCUUGGAAUUCCUCUUCCCAAGGCAGCAAGUUCAUCCAAUAUUUGCCUGCUUCCUAAAACUGAUAAUGCAAUGAGACUCAAUGAUUUUAGACCAGUUUGCCUAUCUACUGUGGCCUCAAAGAUUGCCUCUAAAUGCAUUGCUAAUAGGCUUGGAAAGCUCCUUCAUCUAAUUAUUUCUGAAGAACAAGGGGCUUAUGUUCCAGGAAGGGAGAUUAUGGACCAAAUUCUUAUCACUAAGGAGUUGGUACAUCACAUCAAUAGGAAAGCUCAUGGUGGAAACCUCAUCGUUAAACUUGACAUGGCCAAAGCUUUUGAUAAGCUUAAAUGGUCAUACCUGAUGGACAUCCUCAAGGCUUUUGGCUUCUCUCCUCAGUUCAUCCGCAUGCUAAUGAGAGCUAAAUAUUGGAGGGAUGGUGAGAUGAAGGCCAACAUUAUUGAUUCCCUAGUCUGGAAGAGAAUCUUCAACAUUGAUGAAUCUGCCAUUGACACUUGUUCUGUCUCUGAUGAUGGCAUGAUGCGCUGGAAGCUUGAUCCUAGUGGCUCUUUCACCUUCAAAUCAGCAUAUGAAUUCUGUAGAGCAGAGUCUUUGAUGCUUGGCUUAUUGGCACAAACUUACUGCCUAAAUUCCAAUCCUUCCAUUCGAUUGGUCAAGUGGCUAGCACCUCCUAAGGGCAGGCUCAAACUUAAUGUGGAUGCGUCUUUCACCCAUAAUGCUAAACAGGGAGCAGCUAUUCUUAGAGAUGACCAGGGAAGAUUCGUUGGUGCCGCCUCUUUCCAAGUUACAGGUGAAUCACCCUACCAAGCUGAAGUGGAUGCAGCCAUCAAAGGGAUAACAUGGGCGCUCAAGUUUAAUAAACUCCUUGUGUUCGAGACGGAUGCUAAGGAAAUCACUAUGAGACUUGCAAAAUAUGUGCAUCACCCACACUCUCCUUUUCCAAUUGAUAUCUUGGGGGAAAAACCGAUGGAAGCAUGGGAGAAGGGGAGAUCAGGCGCUGCAAUUUAUAGAGGAGGAUCGCCGACUGGCGAGCAGACCGGCGGCCGCCAGCCAGCCCACUGGUGCGCCGCUGGAAUCCACUGGAACCUUCUCGCCGUUGGUCGCUGUCGACAGGCGGGCGGGCAGACAGGCGGCCGCCUGUCAGCUCGCCAGCGCUCUCCUUCGCUGUCUGCUGAGCUUCUCGCCGCCUCCGCCUUCUGACUGGCGGCCUGCCGGCCAGGUCGCCUGUCAGGCCGCCAAAAUCUGCCGAUGCUACCUUGCUCAAAAUUUCGUUCCGAACAUUUUUUCCUUCUGCACCGACUUCUAAUUCCGCACCGUUUGUGAGAUAGAAUUGUUUUUCUAUUAAAAUUUACUCUUUUUU